AUGAAGUCAUGUUGGAGUUUCCUCGAACGAAAGACAAAUCUCAAACGCGAAAAUAUUGCUUUAGGUAUGCUCGGUUUCCUUGUAAUUUAUUUGGCUUUCGGUUGGGGCAAUGAUUUUGUCUGCGAUCUCAUUGGAUUCCUCUAUCCUGUAUACGCGUCAAUGCUGGUCAUUGAGAUGCCGGAGACAUUUAGCAAGGCUAAAUGGUCGAUAUACUGGAUUAUUUAUGCAUCAUUGGGCUUGGCUGAAUAUUUCAGAUAUGCCUUUACGCGCUCAUUACCGUUAUAUUGGCUAGGUCUCUACGUUUGUUGCCAUCCGCAUCCAACGACAACAGCAACAGUGAAAGGACGGGUAAGUUCCGACAGGAUUGCCUUUCUCUGUACACUUUCAAUUAUACAUUGCACCUGCAUUUCAUUAUUUUUUGCUCUUUUGAAUUGGUAAUUCAGAAUCAUCCAGAUGCGUGAGCAACAAAAACUUUCAUUAGAAAGUAGAAGCAAUAUAUUAUAUUCUUUGUUGCAGCUUGUCCCAGAUAAAAUAAGAUGAUACUCAUUUAUGAAUUGUUGGUGCGGUCUACUGUUCUCUCCAUCUUAUAGGCACACGUGAUCAGGAGAUUUUUGUCAUCGCUCAGCCUUAAGCAAGGAAAAAAGAACUCAGUCAGAUUGCGUGAAAAAUGCUUCUGAAUAUCCAAUAAAUUUAUUAGUGAACUGAGCAGCCCGUUUCGCAACAUACCCAGCUGGACUAGGAAUCAAUUUCAACCGAUACUCGGUCGCUCAAUGAGUUUGUUAGAUAUUUAGUAGCGUUUUCACUCGCUUCUAAGCCAUCGCUAUCGCUAUGUGAAUUAAUUUGCACAGAUUGCGUACGCGACGAUGGUUUAUAAAAAUCUUGCUUCGUCUCAAAGAGGCAUGCAGAUAGCCGAACAGUGUCAGCUCUCGAAACACAUGUACACAUCUGUAUCAGCUAGUGCAACACGAAUAUUAUAUGACAAUGUGAUUUCAGUAUGGUACUUUCGCAGAAAAUACUCUCUAGAUGUCCAAUAUAAGAUACAGCUAUCAUUCUCAAUCGACGGUAGACAGAAAUAAUUAGAGACUCAUCUCAAAAGUGAAAAAAGGAUGCGGGUAUGACUCUGCAUUGAUAGAGACAAAACUGAUACAAACACUCUGAAAUUUUCAACUAUGUUAAAUAUCUUGGCAUGAUUUUUAUUGCUGCAUAUAUUAUCACGAAUACUGCCACUGGCGUUCAACACUGACUCAGAGAUCUUGGUUGCACUAGAACUAGAAAAAAAUGGAUAAGCCAUCAAGCGUAUGACUUCUUUUCCAUUACACGAGUCAUGCGAAUUUCAUAUUUGAUUUUUAUCCAACCGCCUUUUUGACAAUCAGUAAACAUAAUGGCAAACAUAGAAACUUCAGAUUGAACGUGAAGCACACUUAAAAACAAAUAAGUAUAUUAAUGGAUCUGCAUUCACGAGAGGAAACCUCGAUGAUUCUUGCUGGUCUGCCGAACCAUAAAAAGUUCAGCAGGGAGUGCAUGACAAAUCUUAGUGAUAAUAUCAUUGGGAUUUUUCAAAAAAGAACUGUCACGUGUCCAUAUAGAGAUAGGUAGAUAGAUAAAUAGAUAAAUAGGUAGAUAGUAGGGUCACGGUCACGAUCGCGCUAGACCAGUGACUAAGAUUUUUAGUCGCGGUGUCGGAGUUUCUUUAAACUAGUCGCGGCCAGGCGUGGCCGUGAUCACAACCGUGACCAUGAUCAUCACCGUGACCGUAAUCAUUACCGUGACCCUACUAUCUACGCAUUUACCUAUUUAUUCAUCUAUCUAAUUACCCAUUUAUCUAUUUAUCUAUCUAUCUACCUAUCUAUCUAUCUAUCCAUCUAUCCAUCUAUAUGUGUUUAGGUGACACUUUUAUUUUUGGAAAAUCCCAAUGAUAUUAUCACUGAGAUAUGUCAUGUAUUGUCAGCAGGUCACCAUCGAAUUUUUCAGGUUCGGUAAUUUGUACGAAAUUUCAAAGGUUCGUUCUCUACAUACAGGUUCAAUAGUAAAAUUAUGUUGUAAAAUGCACACGAUCUUUCACACC